UCGACACUCUUCUGUAAGAGUAUGAAGGUGCUGGUAUCCAUUCUCAGUUGCUUGUUGCUGUGUGGUUCCUAUUCUCCAUCUGUAAGUAAUGCCCAAAAAACCAUGGGAGAUGUCAGGUUUGACAUGAGGAGCAGCAAAGCCCUUGUGCUAGAUUCCGAAAUGUGUGUGGUUGUCAAGAAAUGCAGCAUAUCUGUGAAUAGAGUUUCAGAUCGACAAUCGACGGAUUCCGGCCAGGCACCGGAUGGAGAUCAACAAUCUACGGACUCCAUCCAGGCACAGGAUGGAUUACUAGUCCUUCCUCCGGAAUUACUGACAGGCUUACAAGAAAUCACUACUAGUGCACCUCCCCCUGAGGAAGAACCAGGUAUGGGAGCUAUGUUAGGAGCUACGCCUGAGUUACUUCGAAAUUCCUAAUAUCGAUUUACUCAAACACCGAUGGGCGAGGAUGGUUUACCUUAGGAGUGGAACAGUGACAUGUACAAUAUAAAA